UCCUGCCAGUUGGGAGAGAAUACUCGUUCAUUUUCGUUCACUUUACACAGUACAGAUCUUCUAAAUUCACAGUCCCUUAAAAUUUGAUAAUGACCGGGUUUUUGUAGCAGACAGCAACCGGAAGACGGCAGACGCUGAGGCAAUGAUACUCUUGGGGCGCCACUCCAUCUCCCAAUAGCUGCCAGAACGAAUCCGGGCAUAUCUCAGCAUUUCGACAUCCAGCAGCAGCAAAACGUAAGCAAUGGCAUCUAAGGAGGAAAGCAAACACGACCUCGUUGAUCACUGCUCCAGCCUGUUGGAACUGUCCUGGAACCUGGGCCAUCAGCCCCGCGUUGAAGGCGGAAAUAACGAAUACUGCCAGGGACAAGGCUACCAUAGGCCCCCACAAUUCCAUCCGCAUGUGGAGCACAAUUACUACAAUACCACGUUUAAUGCAAACAACGAUCUGCGACCUUGUAAUGGCUGCAAGAAUGCCACGGCAAGGAAAUCAUCUCCACCCAAGGCUAAGGACAGGGUCAGAAGCAGAUGCAGACCGCCCAAUGAUCUGCGACCCAAGUUUCCUGUAAAUCUGUCCUUUCUACGAUAAUUCGCCGGACAUGAGGCUUGGUCCAACCCAUGCGCGAGAACCACCUACAGAGACAGACGACAUGGUUUGUGAUACGACCCCGACUAGAGACAGAGAGCCGAACGAUCUGAGAACUUGCGCUUGCCACAACUAUGCCGCGCCAGGGGAGGCAGCUCCUACUUUUAGAGAGGAUAAGGACAGGAUGGGAAGAAGAGAUCCCCCAUUCCCUUCUACGGCAAGAGGCGGCAUAAGCAAAUGCCAGGCUUGCAACGUGGAAGAGGUCGACUCGGGCACGGGGAUCAGGUGCGGAUACGGCCAACGCCAUGACCCCCUCUACUUUGAUCCCCUCAGCUACAGGUCCGGGGGGAACAGGAGAAGGAGUAAAGCUACCAAAACCAUCUGUGUCCCUCCCCCGUCAUACCCUGAAUGCCCAGCCCAGAAGAAGCCUCAGAGGCGCCAAUGCCCCGAUAAGACAGUCCAAUAUCGGGAUACCCGCAGUGAUGGGGCUGCGUGCGUCUCUACCUGCCCCGGCCGUGUGCGAUGUUCCAGUCGUGGUACGGAUAACCGUCCUCUGGGACGAAUAGCAAUACGGGUCAAAUGGCCAUCCGGCAGUCGCUCACGGCGCCCGUUUGCAGUACGCUCCCGUUCCCCGUUGGAGCCCAAAGUCUGCACUCCAAAGUCCCCAAAGAAAUCUUCCGCACGCUGCUCAAAAAAGCGUCAGACGGACUACGUUGCUCAGAGGUCAUGUAAGAAGGUAAUCAGGAGGAAUCCCUUUGCCGUAUGCCGGGACAGCUCUCAAAUAGAUGACAUUCUGCCCCACGAGGAGUUUCUGGAUAAAUACGAGCGAAACUGGAAACAUAGGGGCAAUUCAUGUGCAGGGAAUAGGGGCACACACGGGGGGAAUACCAAUGCCGGGAAAAAUCGAUACUCUGAAAUGCAGGAAUACCGCGAUAAUCGCGACUAUCCAGGCGGGACUUGUCCAAGUAAAUGUCCGAACUACGUCUCCGACGAGACUAUGGUGGAGCAGCAGCAUAAGUACCAAUGCUAUCGCUCUCCAGAGGAAGGGGCAUGUUCACGGCGCCACACGUCCAAGAAGAGACCCAAGAAAAGGGCCAUUGCGGGUCCCUGCUGCCGAAUCUGCGGCCAAUGCGGAUUUAUGCCGACGAAUCCGCGAGGGUGCAUCGGCCUGAUCUGCCGGGUGAAAUCCAAGCGAUCGACUGCCGAGAGUGGCGCAAAAGGAAAACUAAUUGUUAGGUAUUAUAUUAAUAUCUAUAUACGGUCACACCAUCCAAGGGGGAUAGAAUAAAAGAGAAUCUUGAAGACAAC